AUCUUAUCCCGGCGACGUUGCAACGUCCUGCACAGCGCUAUGGCUGAUUUGGUUCUCAACAAAGAUUAUCGUUGACAGGCCAUGGAAGAUGGGCCUCCCACCUUUAGUCAUCGAUGAAGGUUGUCUGGUUUCACAAUCAUGUCGGAGAAAAACCAGUCUGAUGGCGAAUCGAAUUCCUUGAGGACUCCCGCGUGCGACAGCUGUAGAACUCGAAAGAUCCGAUGUGACCGAAAAACGACCUGUUCCAGCUGUCAAACCGCCCGCAUUGUUUGCCGAACCACAAAACGGCACACGGAGAAAAGACAGCGUGUACUGGUCUCGGGGCGAUACGAGCGUGAGCUCGAAGAUGUCACAGGCCGGCUGGCCGGCCUUGAACGAACUCUGCAGAGACUACUUGACGACCCGAACACCUCCGGACGAUCACCGAGGAACUCUUCACCGGCCCUACCCACUCCUAGCGACAACCAGCUGAUAGAACGGGAUGUUGACUUUGCGGGCGAUUCAUCCUUUGUCGCUCAUUCAAAGGACGUUACUCAAGCAUUUGAGAGAACGCUCAACACGUCACCAAUUCCGAGCUCGAUCCGGGACGUGUCUGCCGCUGUUGCGACCUUGAGAACUUUUUUGAACGAAAAUUCCGGGGCAGAUGGCGAAGAUUCAUUGCCUGCCAACCAGCCCCUGCGAGAACUUGUCCACUACCCAGACUUAUCAAACCUUACCCUUCCACCCAUGCCAGCAGUCCUCCGCCUCUUACGACAUUGUAAAGUGCAUCAACAUAGGUUCUUCUUCGAAACGCCAACACUUGACGCGCAAUACUUGACUGAGCUGUGUCAGAAGAUAUAUUUUCCGACAGACGAAUACACCAUUGCCACCUUUAUCACAGUACACGUCUCCCUCAACUGCCUUUUCCGCCAGCUACCAAAGGCGGUCGCACAAGAGCUCAACUUCAGCGCCAGUGAGCUUCGUGAACUGGUUGCAACAUGCGCCAAGAAUGCAGAAACGGCGAUGCUGAAUCUCAGGAUGUAUAUGGAGGCCAACUACGAGAAUAUCGAGGCUUUACUAUUCGCAUCGAUGAUGGCGUUGGAGCUCUCUCGCCCAUCACUCUCAUGGACUCUGAUUAGCAGUGCAGCAAGAAUGGUACAAGACGCAGGCUACCACCGCCUCCCAUCCUACACCACGGCCCCUGAGUGCACGAAAAAAAGAGUGGUUUUCUGGAUUGUCUACGCCUUGGAUCACAGUAUGGCUCUCAAUCUAGGCCGCUCUCCAAACCUUCACGAUUGCGAUAUUACAGUGGACCGGCCAAGGGUACCGGAAGAGCUUGAAAAUAGUUAUGGUCAGGUUUAUAUGUCUUGGAUGGAUUUUGCCGAACUCCAGGGUCAGAUCUAUGAGCAAUUGUACUGUCCUCGUGCUCAGAGGCAAACAGCAGAAAUGAGGGCAAACCUUGCCCGGGCGCUAGCACAGCGGGUCAUCGACAUGAAGACCCGGUUCAGCAUCGACCCUGACAGUAUUCAUUCCCCAGAAUUCGGUGAAGAGUCCAUCCUCUCGAUGCAAAUUGUCUUCGAAUCUACACUUACCCUUGUUUAUCGGACGAUACCACCUCAGCCCCUGCCAUCAGGUCGUCAACACCAUCCAUUGAAGUUCUGCGAAGAGGCAAUUGCAUCUGCUCGACAGGCUUUAACAAUGCACAAACACGCUUGGAACGUACUGAAGGACCGUGAGACAGACGAGUGGCACUCUUUCCUACAAUGGACAGUCUUGUGGUGUCCUUUCAUACCGUACACUGUGCUUUUCGGGAACGUCAUUGCCGACCGCAACGCAAAUGAUCUCGAGCUUUUGGGAAAUGUUGUUGGCUUCAUGGAAGCUGUCGCCAACAUGGGCCCUGGUAUUGGGAAGCUCCAUCGCGCUUGUCGGACCUUUUACCAGAUCGCCACUAUAUAUCUUAGUCAACCUGGUUCCGACGUCGCAGCAUCCAUGUCACAAGGGUUGAAUAAAUCAAGUCACGCUUCGAUCCAACACCCGUUACAGCACGGAAGUUCCGUGCCAGUCGAGUACGGCGUGCAUCCGAAUGAUACGAUGAUCCCUGAUCUCCCACUGUUCCCACAAGACUGGGAUGUUAUGCUCGAUGGAUGGGACUUGGGAACUGAUGGUGGCCCCGGGGUGAUGUCUACCUUCCUUGAGCAGUAUCUACCCUCCAGCGACGACGUUCGAAAUGAUAUGUCAACAGACAGGCAACAGCCAUUCGGCUGAAAAUAUUCUCGCCAGUCUUCUUCCUAGCGAUAUGAGGGUUUCAUCGUGGUUGAACAUUGCCAGUGGUGCUUGCCACGACAUACUUGGAAGGUGCAUCGGUGCUGCCAUUCCACAAAUUCGAGCAAAGUCAAUCACGCUGACCUCUCAGCCGUGCGAACCUCCAGACCUUGCAAACUUCGGCCCAUCAUUUCGGUUCAAAUCUCACAUCCCGCAUCUAACAGUCUCUUACGGACCAUUUGAUCGCAGCACUCCUGAGACAUGCUUUCGCUCCUCGCACCUUCCACGAUCUACUUUCAGCGUGCGAGGGUCGCUCUGGCAACAUUAAGUUCGAAAAAACAAGCCUGCCGCUGAUAGCCACGAGCCGGUGCGUUC